AUGGAAGCAGCCGUGCAGAUAGGAGAAAAAAUCACCAAAAGAAAAAUUCUGAGCAUAUCAGCAAGGAUAUUCGACCCAAUUGGUUUCCUAGCUCCUACAGUCCUACUUUUAAAAAUAAUUUAUCAAAAACUUUGGGAAGGAGACAUAGGUUGGGACGAUGACGCCACACCCGAAGUAAAGAACACCUGGAGCAGCAUCAUGAAAGGCCUGAAGGAUCUACAUCAUUUGGAGAUCCCACGAUGGAUUGGAUAUUCAAAAACUUCCAUCGUCUCCGCAGAAAUUCACGUGUUCGGCGAUGCAUCAGAAGCAGCCUACGGAGCAGUAGCCUACGCACGGCUCCGACUGGAGAACGGAAUUCCCUACACCAUCCUCCUUGCAAGAGAGAAAAUCCGAACCUCCCUUCACACCGAGUCAUGGAAAACGACUUACUGGACAGACUCCCUCGUCACACUUGGAUGGAUACGAGGAGAUCCUUAUCGUUGGAGACCGUUCGUGCGAAACCAGGUGGAAACCAUCAGAAAAUUUUCCAACGCGGAUUGGUGGAGACAUUGCCCCGGAUUGGAGAAUCCAGCCGAUCUCGCUUCGCGGGGAGCGCCAGCGCAUGCGCUGGUGGAAUCGAAACUUUGGUGGCACGGACCAGCCUGGCUGACAGAAGGAGAAAGCGAAUGGCCGAAUUCUCCAGAAAACCACUCCACCGAAACUCAAGAGAAAAUCGAGGAAGAGGAGACAAAGAAAACGGCAACUGUCUCCUUUGCAGCAGUCGAAACAGCCCAGCCGAUUGAAUGGUACCUCGACAAAACCUCUACAUGGACAAAACUACUUUUCAGAACAGCCUGGGUCCUCAGAGCACUCAACCGUAUGAAGAAAAGAACGCGCGACCCAGGACUUGAACUAAAAGAAGUCAUUACAGUCGCCGGAAAAGAAAUAACGAUCGACAAGAUAGUCACCGAAGAGCUGAACGAAGCGGAGCUAGCCAUCUGCAGACAGCUCCAAAUAGAACGCUAUCCCAAAGCUUUUCGGACACUCCAGCUCGGACUGCAGAUUCACCCAAAGGAGAAAAUCGCAUCGCUCCGACCGGUCUGGGACAAUCGAGAUCGACUCAUCCGAGUCACUGGAAGAGUGGCGCUCGCCCUCAGGGAUCGAGACAUUCAACCACCGAUCCUUCUCCCAGCAAACCAUCCUGUUGUAAAAAUGUUAAUAACUAACAAACAUGUAUUUAAUUCACACACAGGAGUAAAGACGACACUGUCAGAACUGAAAGAAAAAUAUUGGAUCGUGAAAGGACGCCAACAAGUGAGAAACGUUUGGUUCGCCUGUGUGAAGUGCCAGAAGCUGACUUCACCUCCUUUCCGACAAAUAGCAGCGCCGCUACCAGCCAACCGACUCCGCGAUGCCAGGGCAUUCGAAAUAACCGGAACCGAUUUCGCUGGCCCGCUGUACUACAAAAACGCGACUCCGAAAAGGAAAUCCAAGUCGGCGCCAUCCGUCGAACAAGUCAUUCCGGAACCUCCACCAGAAGAAGAGAACCCGGAUGCAGCGGAGCUUCUCACCGAAGAAGCUCCCGAAGAAGAAGACGAUGGCGACCAACCGGAUCCGACACAACAAGUCAACAAAAAGCAACCCAAAAGUUACAUGUGCAUCUUUACUUGUGCCCUUUCCGUCGAUUCUCCGCCAGAAGAGGCCCAGUGUCAGUGA